AUGUCUGAAGGGUAUGAUAUGCUAAUGAAUGUCAAUGCCAAGAAGCUUGAAUGGAAAUUUCAGGUGUAUGUUGUUCGUAUAUGGGAAAAUCCAAACAGGUACAACCAAAAGGAAGUUAAUAGCAUAGAGAUGGUACUUCAAGAUAUUAAGGGAGAAAGGAUCCAAGCGUCAAUCAAUAAAGGUUUAUUUAAGAAGUGGAGGGGUUUUUUUGAGGAGUUUAAAAUGUACACUAUGAGUAACUUCAUAGUUGUGGACAAGAUGGAGAAGAUUAAAACAACAAGAAAUUGGUGGACUUCGAACUUUUCCCACAGAACAGUUGUGGUUCGUGUGGAAAAUCCAAGUUUUUCUCUCGAACCCUUCUGCUUGAAGCCUAUCCCAAAGCUCCUUGUUGCCGAAAAGCUUGAUGAUUCUCAACUAUUGGACAUAAUCGGGGAGGUUGUUGGGAAGGAGGACCCAAGGGAUAUAAUCACAAGCAAAAGAAAGGAAACAAAACGUAUGGUGGUUGUGAUAGCAGACCUAGAUAACAACAAUCUUGAUUGUGUGUUAUUUGGUGACAUGGUCGAUCAAAUAGUUCCCCAUCUUGAAGAUGGCAGGGUUGAACCACUGAUAGUGGUGUUGCAGUUCUUUAAACCCAGCCGAUGGAAUGAUAAGGUAUCGGUUCAGAGCCACUUUGAUGUCUCUAAAAUACAUGUUAAUCCUGACAUGAAGGAAGUACAUGAUUUUCGGAAAAGCUUGCUUGGCAGUGUAACCUCUAAUUCGGUCAGGAUUAGUCAGGUAUCCGGUCAUGGUGUGCAAUCUGGUGCUGCAAAACUAAAAAGAGGAGGUGUCGUAGUGAAAUCAAUAGAGGACGCACUCAACUCAACAGAGGAAGGUCCUAUAUGGAUUGGCGGAACCAUUGUCUCUAUCAAUGCUGGCAACAACGAUUGGUUUUACAAAUCGUGUAGGAAGUGUCCAAAGAAAGUAGAAACCCCAAUUGGAAAUCGAUAUGAAUGUUCCAAGUGUGGUCACACACAUGGCAGUGCAUCCCUUAGGUACAAGGUUGAAGUUAUGGCCUAUGAUGGAACAGGAAGUAUAACUAUGCUAAUGUGGGAUAGAGAAACAACACAGCUUAUAGGGAGGCAAGCUGAACAAAUCAAGGAUGAAGAUUGUUUGGAAGGGGAAGGUUACCCCCCAACUCUUGAUAACAUGAUAGAUAAAAAGUUACUCUUUAAAAUUAAUGUCAAAACAGCCAACAUCAACAAGCAUGACCAGGUUUACACUAUCAUGAAGAUAUGUGACGAUGAAGACAUUGUAGAAAAAAAUUGCCCUAUGGAAUUCAUCAGCAAUUCUUCUGACGUCUUAACUGAGAAUGGGAUCAGCAAUUCAAUGGAUGUUUCAGCAACUCUGGCUAAUCUCAAGUCUGAUAAUAAUUCUCAGUGCUCUGUGGAUGUUGUGGAGGAUUCUGUCACAAGCCUCAAGUGCAAGAUCCCAACUAGGAGAGCUCUCAAUGGGGUAAAACAUUCAGUGUCAUUGAACAUUGACAAUGAAGAAGAUUUCCAACUCUCCACUAACAAGUUAGGCCAAAAGGGUGGCAAGAAGAGGAUACUCGCUGCACAUUGCCUAAGAACUAGACCUAUGAAAGUUUUGAAGUUUCAUCUAUAUUUCAACCUAUCGGAUAUUCGCAGCACAUUGCCAGGGAACUAG